AUGGAGGGGGAAGUACUAACAUUUAAUGUAAAUGAAUUGUUGCAGCAUGAACAUAGUAGUGACAACAAUAAGAGAAGAGAACUAAGUGAAGAUAAUAGUAAUUUAGAUUCAGAUAAAAUUAUUAAUCAAAAAAAGGAUUUCUAUGUAUAUAAUUAUACUGAUAAAAUAAUUACUAAUGAAUAUUUUACAUUAUUCUCAAAAGGGAUGAAAUAUGUGCCAAAUAACCAGUUUAGAGUGGUGGGCAGCAUUAUUGAAAUUAAAAAAUAUUUAAGGAAUCUUAAUUUAGCAUUGCAUUUUCGGAACGAACCUAAUAAGAAUGAAGCUAUUGAAAAAAUUAAGAAAAAAAGUUCAUAUAUUCCUCCAAGUAAUCCUUACAUAGGGUUAUAUGAAAAGUUGAAAGUGAGUGGACGAGAUGAGAAUAGCGCAGAGUUAUCAUUUGCAGAUGGAGUACACAAAAUUCUCAUUACCUCCAAACCCUUCCGCAUGGACAUUACUGCAGGAAGUCACCUGGUUGCCAGUGUUAAUUCUCGAGGGCUUCUUUUCUUUGAGCCCCUGCGUAAGAGGAAGGAAUCUUUCUCGGAUAAAGUUAGUAGCACAGUCAGUAGCGCGUGGGAUAGGAUCAAGAGCUUUUUCUCUAGUGAUACGAAAAAGGAAGAGACUGCAGAUGAAGAGGGAAAGGAGGCCACCAGCGAUGAUCCACCUGCUGAAGAGGAACCGGAUGUGAAGGAAAAGGAGCAAGAACCUCCAAAAGAAAAAGAUGUAGAUGAUGAACCAGGAAUGUGGGAGGAAACCUUCAAAACACACACGGAUACCAAACCAAAUGGUCCUACAUCCAUUGGCCUGGACUUCUCUCUGCCAGGAUUUGAAUAUGUGUAUGGAAUCCCAGAACAUGGUGAUACACUCAGGUUGAAAACCACAGAACACUGUUUGGGAAGAUGCUUGAUUUUGUGCAAGGUGCUAAUGAAAUCCCUCAAACGGAUGUACGAUGGAUGUCUGAGAGUGGUAUUAUUGAUGUCUUUGUGCUGCUGGGACCUUCCCCUUUUGAUGUUUUCAAGCAGUAUGCCUCUCUGACAGGGACACAGGCACUUCCUCCACUGUUUUCUCUGGGAUAUCACCAGUGUCGUUGGAACUACAAUGAUGAGGAAGAUGUCCGUAAUGUAGAUGCUGGUUUUGACGAGCGUGACAUACCCUAUGAUGUUAUCUGGCUUGACAUUGAGCAUGCAGAUGGAAAGAGAUACUUUACAUGGGAUCCCAACAAGUUUCCCAACCCCAAGGGGAUGCUUCAGAAUCUUGCUAACAAGAAGCGCAAGCUGGUAUCAAUUGUGGAUCCCCAUAUUAAGAUAGACAAUGGUUAUGUUGUCCAUGAAAAGCUUCGUAUCAAGAAGUAUUACACUAAAAACAAGGAUGGCAAUGACUAUGAAGGGUGGUGUUGGCCAGGCUCUGUUGCAUACCCGGAUUUUACCAAUCCUGAAAUGCGUUCCUGGUGGGCCAACAUGUUUUCAUAUGAUAAAUAUGAGGGCUCAAUGGAAAAUCUGUUUGUCUGGAAUGAUAUGAACGAGCCUUCGGUUUUCAAUGGCCCUGAGGUCACAAUGCACAAAGAUGCAAUCCACUUUGGGGACUGGGAGCACAGAGAUAUCCACAAUCUUUAUGCAUUUUAUGUGGGAAUGUCCACAUAUGAAGGUUUGGUUCAGAGAUCUGGAGGAUUGGAGAGGCCAUUUGUACUUGUGAGGGGAUUUUUUGCUGGAUCACAACGUUAUGGUGCAGUAUGGACUGGAGACAAUGCAGCUGAAUGGGAUCACUUGAAAAUUUCUAUUCCCAUGUGUCUUAGUCUAGGGCUUGCUGGAGUUUCCUUCUGUGGAGCUGAUGUCGGAGGUUUCUUCAAACACCCUAGUAUUGAACUUUUGGUGCGGUGGUACCAGGCAGGUGCUUACCAGCCUUUUAUGAGAGCUCAUGCACAUAUAGACACUCCACGUCGAGAGCCUUGGCUUUUUGGAGAAGAGAAUACACAGCUGAUCCGUGUUGCCUUGCUUGAGCGAUACCGCCUUCUUCCCUAUUGGUACACAAUAUUCUAUAAUGCUUACAGGACUGGGGAGCCUGUCAUGAGACCACUGUGGGUGGAAUAUCCUGAAGAUGUCAGCACUUUUGCCAUGGAUGAUCAGUAUAUGCUAGGUAUGGAGUAA